UGGAGGAGGACUUCCAGACCUUCUUCCACGGGGAGGACUACCACAUCCGGCUGCCCUCUCUGGCGCUGGAGGUCACGUUUAGGAACCGCUCCUCUCCGCGGUCCGGAGACGUGUUCCUGAUGCGCGGCGGCAUCGUGGUCAACAGUCGGGCCAAACUCAACAGCCGUCUCAGCCACCUGAUCAUCGACGCUGUGGACGAGGGAGACGAGGGCGUUUACACGGUGAAGAACCCGGAGACGCUCCAGGACGUCCAGCGCACCACGCUUAUUGUCCGAGAUUGCUCCAACGAGCUGAUCGUUAAAUAUGGAGAACACUUCAAUAUUCCGCUGUUGGGGCUGACCCCCCCCAUCACCCUGGAGUACAGGCCCAGCGCUGUGGAGGCCAACCAGACGUCCAGACCUGCUCUGAUGCUGCUGACCAGCACCGGGAUGUCCAGGGACGGAUACCAGGGGCGCAUCAGCGUCAGCGAGCGCCACGCCUCGCUCAGCGUGGUCUCCGGGGCCGACGAGGGCAGCUACACCGUCAGGGAUGCUGAAGGUGUGAUCCAGAGGAAAGUGUGUCUCAAUGUCAAAGAGCAUCAGAACUUUGUAAAGCUGCACCGCGGUAAAACUCUGAAGAUCCACCUGAUACUCAACAGCUCCUUGGUGCACCUGUACUACACCUCCGACUACGACCACACGCCCCAUCUGCUGCUGGACAAGGGAGAAUUCACAAGUGCCCAAGCAGAUCUGGGUUUCGAGGAGCGUCUCUAUAUGGAUGGUUCUUGGAUUUUUCUGGAUCAGGUGAAACCUUCCGAUGUGGGCGAGUUCAAAGUGACCGACAUACUGGGCUUCACGGUGUCCACCACCCACCUGGGACUACUGCGUAAGGAGGACUGGGAUGUGGCUGAUAAGGAACGAUUGAAAAAUUAGCUAAAUAAUGUUAGAUGUUAAAGGUCACCUAUUAUGCAAAAUCCACGUGUUCAUGUGUCUUCUACAUUAACAUGUGUCCCCUCUUCUUCAUCUUCUACAUCAACAUGUGUCCCCUCUUCUUCAUGUCUCUUCUACAUCAACAUGUGU